AUGAGGACCGAGAAGUCAUUUAGUGAUGAAUCUAGCCAAGACACCUCUCGGUCUACUACUCGUGUAUCUAGCCAUGUCCCUUCAGCAACGAGUCCUCAAAAUAAAGAAGACAAUUCUCCAACUAGCCAAGACAAUCGGGUGACUCAAGCCCAGCAUGAUGUCAAGUUUGAUGAGCUGAGAAAGGAUAUUAAAGAGCUGACAAGGGAUGUGAAUGAGCUUAAAACUGAAAUGAAGAAGAAAGAUGUUGCUGCUGAUUUAGUGGAGAAGGAUUUGGAGAUGAACAAAGAUGCUCAUGAUGUUGUUGAUGAUAUGAACAAAGAUGCUCAUGAUGUUGUUGAUGAUGGGCUGAAUGAGAACAAAGAUUCUGUUAGGUUGGAGAUGAACAAAGAAGCCGAUGAUGAUGUUAAUGAUGGGCUGAAUGAGAAAGUUGAUGUUGUUGCUGCUGAUGGGUUGAAUGAUGAUGUUGGGUUGGAGAUGAAAAAAGAAGCUGAUAAUGUUGAUGAUGGACUGAAUGAGAAAGAAGAUGCUGUUGCUGCUGAUGGGUUGAAUGAUGAUGUUGGGUUGGAGAUGAUCAAAGAAGCUGAUGAUAAUGAAAAAGAUAUUGCUUCUGAGGCUGAAAACAAAGAUGCUGAUGGUGUUCAUGGGUUGAAUGAGAAAAAAGAUAUUGCUUCUGAGGCUGAAAACAAAGAUGUUGUUGCUGAGUUGGGAAAAAAUGAGGCUGAGUUGAAGAUGGACGACAAUGAAGAUUUGGCCACGAAGAAGAAGAAGGAGUUUGCGACGAAAAAGAAGGAGUUGGGCACGAAGAGGAAGGUCGAGUUGACCAAGAAGAGGUUGCAGGAGUUGGCCAAGAAAAGGAAGGCGGAGUCGAAGAAGAAGAAGGAUGAUGAUGUAUUAGAAUUGACUCCAACAAAAUUUGAGGGACAGAAUUUUCGGAGAAAGAAGAAGUCCACACCAAUUGGGGAACUACACAGACCCUAA